UUUGUUUUUUGUUUUGUUUUUUUAAGUUUCACUUUUGAACAGCAAAACGGAGAAGCUGCUGCUCCAGCUGCGUGUGUGUGUUGUGUAAAAAGGAUGGUGUUUCUCUAGCUGCCACGCACAAAACAACACAUUUGACCAUGAGGACUCUUCGCAGGUUGAAGUUCAUGAGUUCGCCCAGCCUCAGUGAUCUGGGCAAGAGAGAGCCGGCAUCCUCGGAUGAGCGGGGGACCCAGCAGCGACGGGCCUGCUCCAACGCCACCUGGAACAGUAUCCAUAAUGGAGUCAUAGCUGUCUUCCAGCGAAAAGGUCUUGCAGAACACGAGCUCUACAAUCUGAAUGAAGGAGUCAGGCAACUACUGAAAACUGAGUUGGGAUCAUUUUUUACUGAAUAUUUACAGAACCAGCUGCUUACAAAAGGCAUGGUGAUCCUGAGGGACAAGAUCCGGUUUUAUGAAGGACAGAAACUUCUGGAUACCUUGGCUGAAACGUGGGAUUUCUUUUUCAGUGAUGUCCUGCCCAUGCUCCAGGCUAUAUUCUAUCCUGUGCAGGGAAAGGAGCCCUCUGUCCGGCAACUGUCACUGCUGCACUUCAGGAAUAUUAUAACUCUCAAUAUUAAAUUGGAAGAUGCCUUGUCCCGUUCCCGAGCAAGGGUUCCUCCUUCAAUUAUUCAGAUGUUACUUAUCCUACAGGGUGUUCAUGAAUCAAAAGGGGUGACCGAAGACUAUUUGAAACUGGAAACCCUGUUGCAGAAAGUUGUUUCUCCUUACUUGGGCACCUAUGGCUUGUAUUCCAGCGAUGGGCCUAUCCCACACUCAUCCUGCAUUUUAGAAAAACGUUUCUUCCGGCGAUCCAAAUCGGGGGACAUCCUGGCCAAGAACCCUGUGGUGAGAUCCAAAAGUUACAACAAUCCUUUGCUGACUCCAGUAGCCGAGUAUGAAACGGAGGGUGCGGCCCCCAACGGCACUGGCAUCCGAAGGCACUCUGUUUCCGAAAUGACUUCCUGCACAGAGAUGCAGGGCUACUCCAACCUCACAACCAUCACAGACAAUGGUUCCAAGACCUCAAUGAUCACCAUGAAGAAUUCGCAGUCAGGGGAGUCCGAGAGGCUUUCUGCCAGCUCAGCGCAGUGCCCCAGCAACCUCAAUGCACCUGAGCAACAGAAGGGACUCUUUUACCCAAGAGAUGAACAAAAGAGAGCGUUUGAGCUGGCCAGGGACUCAGACUUGAUUGCCAUAGCCCCUACAGCCAGCCCUGAAAAUAUAGUGGACCAAAUUUUGGAGUCUAUUGAGUCAGAUUCUGAUGGGAUUUUCAUUGAUUUCAGCCAGAGCUGCUCAAGUUCAUCAGGGUACAAUGUGGAUGUGAGCCGGCAGAGCCUUGUCUGAAGCACUCUGAUAAGAAUCCUAGUUUGCGCUUAGGAACACAGGAUAACUGAAGGGUGUGAGGGGGGUCAUAUGAAAUUCUUGAGCAGCUAGAAAUUCAGAUAAAGACGAUGCCCCUCGGACCAGAAUGACAUAGGAGGGACGUGGG